GCAAACAUAACUAGUAGCUUAAAAACACACACGCACACACAUACAGACGCACAAGUAUACACACACCCAUACUGCUCCCAAGGGUUUCAUCAGGGAUUUAAGACAACCUGUCUGCUUUCUGUAGCUGCUGAUCAAACAGGAUUACAUAUCUCACCAGUCUCGAUGGCUUUCGUGUUAUGUACCAUGAUGGUGGUGCUGUGUGGUUGUGUUGCUGCUGAAGCCACUUUAGUCACUGACAUGGACUACGGAGGCAUUCCUCUUUGGAUCAAUCGACUCCUGGGUGAGCCUAGUGUGCUGAGUCUGCAGGGACGAAUGGAUCCUGGCUGGUUUCGAGCAAACAACCCCGAGUCCUGCCCUGAACAAUGUGACUGUCCCAUUCAGUGGCCAACAUCACUCUACUGUGACCACAGACAUCUGCAACACAUCCCGGACCCGCUGCCAGAAAGAACUGAGUAUUUGUUUUUACAGGGUAACAACAUCUCAUCCUUGUCCUCUGCUGUCCUGUCCAACAUCACGGGUCUACGAUGGCUCAUCCUGGACAACAACCAACUCCAGAGUGACAAGCUGGAGCAGGUCUUACUGCAGAACCAAACCAAUCUGCUCUACUUUUUUGCCAACCGCAAUCAUCUGAGUUCAGUGCCCAGUGCUCUUCCGGAUGGGCUCAAACAGCUGCGACUGGCCCACAACCAUAUCAGCAACAUCAGUCCAGGAGCUUUUCAGAACCUGCAUGAUCUGACGCUGCUGCUGCUGCAAGGAAACAGACUGCAAACAAUCACAGAGGGAGACCUCAAAGGACUGUUCAGUCUGAAUCUCUUGGACUUGAGUGGAAAUUUGUUUUCAACUGUCCCCAGGCAUUUACCACCCUCUGUCCAGCAGCUCUAUCUGUCAAACAACUCUUUCUCUGGACUGGAUUACAACAGUUUUUUGGGCUUUGCAAAUCUAAAGUACCUGCGUCUCAGUCACUGCGGCCUGCAGAGCCGUGACGUCCACCCACAGGUCUUUAACUGCUCCAGCCUGGUGGAGCUGGACCUUUCUUACAACAAACUGACCACUAUUCCCAGAGUCCCCACCACACUGCAGUAUCUCUACCUGGAGGCCAAUGAAAUUCAAGAGUUCAACGUGACCAGUUUGUGCAGAGAGGUGGGACCUCUGUCUUACUCCAGGAUGAAGAUCCUACGACUGGAUGGAAAUAAAAUGACCUACAACCAGCUGCCCCCUGACUGGGUGUACUGCCUGCGAGUGCUUCAGAAAAUUUACAUUUGACUCCACCCUCUGAGCAUUCAUUGAAUGCAAGUACUGUAUGUACCCUUCCAACCCCAUCUGGUGCUAUGAAGAAAAACAUGACUGGACUUAUAAGAUUCUUUCUUUUUGUUAUCCAGUUGUGAACUCAAACUACUUGAUAAUAAACCUUAAAAAACUUCAGAACCUCACUAUUAGGCUUUAAUUCAAUGUCUCCUCAGUAUAGAAAGAUGGUUUCAUGAAUUCAACACUAAAAUAGUAUUUUUUUAUUUUUUUAUUUUUUUUUAUUAUUAUUCAAAAAGUGAGGAUCAAAUCUCUCAUAUUAUUGUAGUCCCAUCUUUACAAGCUUUGUGUGUUUUCUCUGUAUAGCAGCAGUGGCAAACUCUAAUUUAUUUCUCAAUAAACUGAACUAUUUAGGGCAAAAUAAAACAAGUCUCAGCUGAGGGGUUGAAGAGCUACACCAGUAAACACAGAGUCCAAAGGA